AUGCCUAGGUUCGAGGUCUUCACCACCCUGAACACUACCUACGAAAAUGUCCUAGUGCACGAGGCACCUGUCAUACCCAAGCCUCCCCCCCGGAGACCAGGCAGCAAGCCCAUGCCCAACACGGGUGUCUUCUGUCACUUUCAUCAGUUCGGUAGACACGACACCGAAUCUUGUGUUGCCUUACUCAACAUCAUUGAAGGACUUAUUCGUGAGGGGAAACUGGAUAAAUACGUGCACAAUCUCCCACCCCUACCUAACCCUCACCAACGGCAGAUCAACAUGAUCUAA